AUGGAGGAAUGGACAGAAGAUUAGAUUUACAAGAUUAUACUAAAAAUUAGUGAAGAGUAGUCUGAUAGUUUUUUAAAUACGGUAGAAGACCAUCCAAAGUUUGACGGAAAUAACAGUAUAUCAUAUAACUAAAGUAGUUAAUUAAAUCUUGAUGAUUGGAAUAUAAGAAAAGGAAGAGGUGAUAAAAGAAGUUAUACACUUGAUCAGUAUAUAUUCAAUUUAACAAGAUAUUUUAUUCUCUAGAUUAAAUUCAAUGAAAGUUGAGAAUGAAGAUUAAAUCUCGUAAUAUGAACAUAAGAUUAUGGUAAUGAAUUAAGAGUAUGAAUAAUGUUUGUCUCAUAUUAAAGAAUUAGAAGUAAUAAUUUAUAUAUCUUUAGAAUGUAAAUUAAAACUAGAACGAACAAAACGAAAAGCUUUUUGAUUAAAUUUAACGUAUCGAAGAUGAGUUAUCUAAUGGAAGAUUAAAAUACAAACAAAUAGAGAAUGAACUUGAAAAAAAGAAUGCAUAAUUGAAAGUAAUGAUUUACCAACCUUUAGGAAUGCAUUACAUCAUUCUAAAAUAAUGAGUAAAUUAAUAAUUAGAUGAGAAAAAAAAAUUAAGAUUUAGAGGAAUAAAUUAAUCGGUAGAAAAAUGAAAUUCAUUAGAAGGAUGCUCAAAUCGGGAAAUUGAUAGCUAAAAUAAAGGAUUAAGAUGAUAAAAUAUAAUUAAAGGAUUAAGAAAUUAAAAGUAUAUUUUUAUAAUAUAAAUUAGAUUUUAUUAAAGAAAAUGAUAAGCAGCAAUACACACCUUUUGAAUAAUAAUAAGCUUAACACGAUUCCAUAAAAAAGGAAAAAAAAAGAACUAUUAAUUAUAUGACAAGAAAUAAGAGCAAUACAGUUCUUUUAAGAUCAGAAACUUUACACUCAAGAAGUUAAAGUCAUUAUAUUGGUUAAUUUGAUCUUGAAUAAUUUAAAGAGUAAUGCGCUGCAUCAGUUAAAUCUUAAAAUUCUGAAAGCGAAGAUGAUUAAACUGAUAAAAAGACAUUAAAAUAGGAAAAUGAUGAGCAAUAGGAGCUUGAAAAAUUGGUUAUUGAAUUAAAGAGUAAACUUGAAACAUAAUCAAAUCAAUUGCAGAUUGUUGAGAAUGAAAAGAAAUAAUGUGAAGCAUAAAUAAUAGCAUUAUCGUCUGAGAUUAAUGUGUUCAAGAUAAAAGAGAAAAAAAUGACUCUAUAGUAAAAGUAAUAGGAAAAAAAAUUGACAGAAUUGUAAUCUGGUAAAACCUAGAUCUAUUAUAGAAAAAAAUAAAUUUUAAACUGAAUAAGAGUAAUUGGAAACGAGAAUGUAAGAAAUCGAAAAUAAACACCAAUAAAAAAUGAAAUUAAUGACUUCUGAAAAUGAUUAAUUAGUAAAUUUUAAUUUAAUUAGAAAAAACGAUUAUCAUUAAAUCUAGGAAAAGUGGAAACUUAAUAAGAGAAGGAUAAAGACCUCAUGAAAAUAAAAAAAGAAUACGAUGAUAUGAUUAUGGAAAUGUAAAAGUAAAAUAUGGAUUUGCAGUAAUAACAAAAAUUUAUAUAGUUUUUUAAACGAGGAACUUAUAGAAGAAAACAAUAAAAUUAAUGAAUAAUUAAAAGAUAUAAAUUAAAAAUAAUUAAGUAAACAUUAUAAAUUAAUUAGUAUAAAAGACGAUAUUGAAGAGAUUUUAAAAUUAGAAAAGUAGCUAGAACUUAUGGAAUAUGAUUUGAUUUCAUAAAAACAAAGUAAAAUAUUAAAAUAUGAAUAGUUAGUUUAAUUCAAAGCAAAAUCAUUUUUGAGUAAGGAAUAAGUCAAAUAAGUGUUGAAAAUUUUAAGAAUAAUAAUGAUACAAAAAAAAACGGUUUAAGUGAGACAUAGGUUGAGAAAAUAAUAAAUGGUUUGGUUGAGAUAAGUGAAAAAAAAGAUGAUGGAUAAAUUAUAAAUGAGGUUAAAGAAUAAUUUGAUAAGAAAAAAUAAAUUGAAAUGAUUCGAUAAUUAGAAUAAAAAAAUGAUCAAUUAUAAACAGAAUUAUAAGAAAAGGAGGCAUAAUAAUUAAAACAAAUUGAAAUUAUUAAUUUAGAGAUUGAAAAAGGUGUGCAUCAUUUGGUUGAGAAAAAUCAAUAAAUUGAAUAAUAAUCAGCGACUAUUAAAGAAUUAGAAUAGAAAAAUCAUUAAUUAUAAUCAGAACUAUAAGAAAAAGAAGUAUAAAAAUUAAAAGAAAUAGAAAUUAUUAAAUUAGAGAUUGAAAAAGGUGUGCAUCAUUUGGUUGAGAAAAAUCAAUAAAUUGAAUAAUAAUCAGCGACUAUUAAAGAAUUAGAAUAGAAAAAUCAUUAAUUAUAAUCAGAACUAUAAGAAAAAGAAGUAUAAAAAUUAAAAGAAAUAGAAAUUAUUAAAUUAGAGAUUGAAAAAGGUGUGCAUCAUUUGGUUGAGAAAAAUCAAUAAAUUGAAUAAUAAUCAGCGACUAUUAAAGAAUUAGAAUAGAAAAAUCAUUAAUUAUAAUCAGAACUAUAAGAAAAAGAAGUAUAAAAAUUAAAAGAAAUAGAAAUUAUUAAAUUAGAGAUUGAAAAAGGUGUGCAUCAUUUGGUUGAGAAAAAUCAAUAAAUUGAAUAAUAAUCAGCGACUAUUAAAGAAUUAGAAUAGAAAAAUCAUUAAUUAUAAUCAGAACUAUAAGAAAAAGAAGUAUAAAAAUUAAAAGAAAUAGAAAUUAUUAAAUUAGAGAUUGAAAAAGGUGUGCAUCAUUUGGUUGAGAAAAAUCAAUAAAUUGAAUAAUAAUCAGCGACUAUUAAAGAAUUAGAAUAGAAAAAUCAUUAAUUAUAAUCAGAACUAUAAGAAAAAGAAGUAUAAAAAUUAAAAGAAAUAGAAAUUAUUAAAUUAGAGAUUGAAAAAGGUGUGCAUCAUUUGGUCGAGAAAAAUCAAUAAAUCGAAUAAUAAUCAGCGACUAUUAAAGAAUUAGAAUAGAAAAAUCAUUAAUUAUAAUCAGAACUAUAAGAAAAAGAAGUAUAAAAAUUAAAAGAAAUAGAAAUUAUUAAAUUAGAGAUUGAAAAAGGUGUGCAUCAUUUGGUCGAGAAAAAUCAAUAAAUUGAAUAAUAGUCAGCGACUAUUAAAGAAUUAGAAUAGAAAACUCAUUAAUUAUAAUCAGAACUAUAAGAAAAAGAAGCAUAAAAAUUGAAAGAAAUAGAAAUUAUUAAAUUAGAGAUUGAAAAAGGUGUGCAUCAUUUGAUCGAGAAAAAUCAAUAAAUUGAAUAAUAGUCAGCGACUAUUUAAGAAUUAGAGUAAAAGAUUCAUGUCCUUCAAGAGGAAAUUAAGGAAAAAGAGGCAUAAAAAUUACAAGAAAUUGAAAUUAUUAAAUUAGAGAUAGAAAAAGGGGUCAAUCAUUUGGUUGAGAAAAAUCAAUAAAUUGAAUAAUAAUCAGCGACUAUUUAAGAAUUAGAGUAAAAGAUUCAUGUCCUUCAAGAGGAAAUUAAGGAAAAAGAGGCAUAAAAAUUACAAGAAAUUGAAAUUAUUAAAUUAGAGAUAGAAAAAGGGGUCAAUCAUUUGGUUGAGAAAAAUCAAUAAAUUGAAUAAUAAUCAGCGACUAUUUAAGAAUUAGAGUAAAAGAUUCAUGUCCUUCAAGAGGAAAUUAAGGAAAAAGAGGCAUAAAAAUUACAAGAAAUUGAAAUUAUUAAAUUAGAGAUAGAAAAAGGGGUCAAUCAUUUGGUUGAGAAAAAUCAAUAAAUUGAAUAAUAAUCAGCGACUAUUUAAGAAUUAGAGUAAAAGAUUCAUGUCCUUCAAGAGGAAAUUAAGGAAAAAGAGGCAUAAAAAUUACAAGAAAUUGAAAUUAUUAAAUUAGAGAUAGAAAAAGGGGUCAAUCAUUUGGUUGAGAAAAAUCAAUAAAUUGAAUAAUAAUCAGCGACUAUUUAAGAAUUAGAGUAAAAGAUUCAUGUCCUUCAAGAGGAAAUUAAGGAAAAAGAGGCAUAAAAAUUACAAGAAAUUGAAAUUAUUAAAUUAGAGAUAGAAAAAGGGGUCAAUCAUUUACUAGAAAAUACUUCAUUUAUAGAUUUAUAAAAAGAAACAAUUACCAAUUUAGAACUACAAGUUCUUUAAUUAUAAUCUGAAUUAUCCCAUACUUAAGAAUCCAGUUAAAAUUAAUUGUUAUAAUUAAAUCUUUCGCUAACUGAAAAGUAAUAGCUUUUAUCUGAAUAAAAUUAAUCCAUUUUACAAUUUUAAUAACAAAUAGAAUAACAGAAUGUAACAUUGCAAUAGUUACUUAAUAAUACUUAUAUUUAAAGUUAAGAACAGGCCAUUUCUUAAUUAGUACAAGAAAUUAAAACUUUAAAAUAAUAAAUCGAAUAAUAAGAUGAUAAUUAAAAAGUUUAUGAAUAGAUAUUGAUUAACCAAAUUGAAAAAUUAAAACAAACUAAUCUUAGUCAAUCAAAUUAAAUAAUCUCUUUAACUUAAGAUAAAGACAAACUUCAGUAAUAUUUAUUUGUAUAAAUAGAUCAAUUUGUUCUUAAUUAAAAUAAAUUGAAAAAAUACUAUAAGAUGAAUUACUUAAAAUGUAAGAUAAAAUAGAUGAAUUAUGCAUUGAACUAGAUAAAGUAUAAUAACCAUCUACUCGAUCUUCAUCAAUUUCAUCUUAAAAUAAAACUUUGAUAUAUGAAUAGUUCUUUCACUUAGUAAUUAUAUAUUUUAAGUUAGACCUCUCAAUCAGUUCAGAUGAAUUCAAAUCAUUAGAAUGCUUUCGAUGUUAAACUAAAAUCAUAUUACUCCGAAGUUGUAAGUUAAGGUGUACCUUUUCAUAAAGUAUUAUUUAUAAUAUUUUUAGUGGUCAAAAUGGCUUGAAGAUAAACUAAAAGAAGAAUUACAUAAAUAUUAAAGAUGA